UGCCCUCCACAAGUCUUCCUAUCUCACUAAUAUUUCUAAUUCUUACUUGUAUAUUCUUGGUUUUUUUCAUCAUGGCUGCCUCGCAAUCUCUUAAACUUCCAUCGCUUAACAACGUUGAGAUACCCGUACACAUCAUACACACUGAAGAAAACCAGAUUCAAGAGCCUGCUGUUGAUGAAUUGGAUUACUCCCAAAGAGGACAAUGGCUUCGAGCUGCUGUUUUGGGAGCCAACGAUGGGUUGGUUUCCGUUGCAUCACUAAUGAUGGGUGUCUCCUCAGUUAAAGAAGACGUCAAAGCUGUUAUCGUUGUUGGCUUUGCAGGUUUGGUCGCCGGGGCCUGUAGCAUGGCCAUAGGAGAGUUUGUAUCUGUAUACACCCAAAGGGACGUUGAGAUAGCUCAAAUGAAAAGAGAGAAGCGAAAGGGGUCAUCAAAGAGUGAUGAAAAUGAUGAGAAACUGCCUAAUCCUGUACAAGCUGCCUUGGCGUCGGCUUUGGCUUUUGCAAUCGGUGCGGUGGUUCCGCUAUUGGCUGCUGCUUUUAUAAGGCAGCAUAAGGUGAGGAUGGCAGUGGUUGUUGCGGUGGCUAGUGUGGCUUUGGUGGUGUUUGGAGUGGCGGGUGCUUUGCUUGGGGGAACUCCGAUGGUGAAAUCUAGCGCAAGGGUGCUUGUUGGUGGAUGGAUGGCGAUGGGUACUACUUUUGGACUCACCAAGUUGAUUGGAUCGGAUCAUGGGAUGCAAUUUUGAUUUGCUUCGCUUUGCUUUUGUUGUACCAUUUUGUGUCUUUCUCUCAAACUUGCAUCAUGUUUAUUUUCAUGUUAACGAUUAAACUUGUUUGUCUGAAUCAUGUAUGCCAAUGUCAAUUGGCGACAAUUGUGAAAUUCAGUUUAAGUUUUAUCAAUAAUAUAUAGGAUUGAUCAUCAUAAA